AUGGCCGAGGAUGCUCGAAGCUUCGAGAUUUUCCUGCGUUCAGAGCUGGAUGCUCUACAGACCAGGUUACUGGCAAAGUUCUCUACAACACGGAGAGCGAUUGAAAUUGACCCGGCGAAGGCCCCUGGCUGGCUGGGUCCAUCAGAGGUCUGCGGUCGCAGUUAUGAAGUCGCGGAGCAAAAUGGAGAAUCGGUUGAAGAGCUGCAGCCACAGGGGGGAAUUCGGCUGCAGCAUGAGAGCACGCCUCUUGCGGAGGCGAUGGGUCAGGUCAUGCCAGAUGAGACAGCACUGUUUCGCACUAGUCAGCUCCUCGCAAGUUUAAAAACAUAUGACUGCCUUGAGGGCGAUGGCGACGCGGACUUCUGCACGCAAAUGGCGCAGGCCGAUGUCGAAAGAGAGACGGCAAGCUGCGGAAGCUGCCCGGAAGACGAUGUCGUUCAGAAUCCCAAAGCUCUGGUCUCGUGGGUCAUCCGGCAAGCAGGGGGAGCGAUGCUUUUGGACCAAAUGGGCAUGUACUACGACCUGAACUUUGGGGUCGCGCUGGCCAGCAACAGCAUCUUGUGUCUGGGCUCCGUAAGGCAGACGAAGCCCAGGGCUGAGAGCGAAUUGGACAUGAACAUCCGGCCUUUGCCUCAGCAAGUGGUGUUUUUGCCUUCUGCUCCAGACAGCCGGGAAGUGGCAACAAUGCGUCCAAGCAAAGAUCCCGCAAUGAUGCGCGUGGGAGUGAACCUGGGAUCUGCGGAAGAGGAGGAGAAGGCGGCCAAGGUUGCAGUCACCAUGCAUGAAACGAUGGUGCGGAGCUUGAACCUGGUGCGGCUCGCAACUUGGUCUGCAGUGAUCUUGGGCUCCCCGGUGGUUGUUCAAAGCUGUUUCAUACACUCGGUCGACCUCCCCAGCUGGCUUUUUCGACUUUUCGCGAUCUAUGCUGUGGUUGGUGUCGUUGGCACCCUAGUCGCUCCCGAGCAAGCUUUCUACGCUCUCGGCUUGAAGGAGCUCCGAUGGGCUUUCCUUCGUCUGUAUCCCGAGGCUGCUUCCUGGAACGGGAAUCACCUCCCAGACGGUGAUUCGUGCUCCAAGUCGCUGCUUGGAGGUGGGGACUUGCAGCAUUGGAAAUUUGUCUCGCCUCUGGCCGCAGGUGAUGAUGCUCUGGGAGAGCUGGGUCGUGCCAGCGUUUUGGUGAAGUGGAGCGGCAGUGAGAAGUUCCUGAUGUUGGACUCUCAGGGCUGGGCGAUUCCCGGUCCGAAGUCUCUGGCCACUGUAGUUGCCCUGCAGCCCGUUUACAUCAAGGGCCAGCAGCUGGCCGACACAUAUACGCUUCAGCUCCGCUCAAAGAGCUCGAAGUGGGAUGACCACUGGCUUGCAUGCACACCUGUGAAUCAUUUGCGCGUUGGAGGUUGGCUUCGGGCAUUCCGUUCCCAGCAGGAAGCAUGCCCCUUUAAGCUUGUACAAGACAGCUCCUGCCCAAUGGGCACGUGCAAGAUGCUAAGCACAUGGCCGACGCCGCCGCAGCAGGAACCUAUCUUCACCUUGGCCAAGGAUGGGGGCUGCAUGCCAGCUGGGUUUUACCUCGUUGAUCAACUCCAUGGCGGUCGAAGCUACGUCGGCCAAGCUCCGGAUGUUGAAGCCUCCCAUUUCGAGCUGUCGGCCUGGACGACGCCACUGAGCAAGAAGGGGUCCAUGGUUCUCAAGCAGGUGUCUGCGAAGCACACUCUCUCCGCUACCCAGGAGGAAGACGAUGAUCAGAACCGGACCGGCAUGUCAACCAGCAGAGGUAGAGGCUGUUUGGAUCGGCUCGUCUUGCACCCCUACAAAGCCGGACGUGUAUCCUGGGGAUUGCUCACGCUCAUAGUUGUAGCAUGGGAGGCAGUGGCAAUGCCAUUAUUGCUGUUUGACCUUGGUGACUUGAGCGUCGCGUUGAGUAGUAUCACCAGUGCAAUGCUGGCCUUCUGGAUUGUGGACAUCUGCAUCAACUGCAUCACUGGCGUCGACCGGGGAGGUGUGAUUGAUUUGAACCUCAAAACCGCAUUCCGAGAGUACGCAACAUCCUGGAUGAUUCCCGACCUAAUGAUUGUGGCUCUCGACGUCGUGGUGCUAGUAGCCGUUUCAGAAGACUCAGGGGAGACACCCACUUCUGCCGGCAGUCAGGGAAUGAGGCUUGCACGGGCUUUGCGGCUUCUGCGUCUGAUCCGGUUGCUGCGAAUUUACAAAGCAUCCUCGGCGGCCAAUUUCCUGGUGGACUACAUUCGAUCCCCCUCCUUGCUGAUCGCCACUCGAAUCCUUAUGACUCUGCUGACAAUUCUGUUCAUCAACCACUAUAUCGCAUGUGGCUGGUGUGCAAUUGCCUAUUUCAAUGUGGAUGCUUUGACGUGGAUCUUGGCAUCCAACCUGGAGCAAGCAACAUUCACAGAAUUGUACUUGUCGUCACUUCAUUGGAGCCUGACGCAGUUUUCACCAGCUACGAACAACAUCGCCCCACAGAACGUCCUUGAGCGGAGUGUGGCAGCUUUCGUGGUGAUCUUUGCACUUUUGGUUUUCUCCUCUUUCGUGAGCAGCAUCACGAAUCACAUGAACCAGCUGCGCAUCACCAACGCGCGCAUGAUCGAGGAGGAUAUGCAGCUGAGGAACUUUUUCGAAAAGCGAAUGAUCUCCGUGGACUUGAGUGGCCGAAUACAACAUUUGUUCAAGAAAGGAUGCCUGGCAGAUAUUGCGCGAACCGGCAAGAGCUGGUGA